GUCCCCACCACCACUCUCCAUUCAUUCAAUUCAAAAUCCAUUAUUCAUUCAUUCAAACUAUUUUACGUCCCAUCACCACCCAAUCUCUCUCUCUUUUCCUCUCCAUAAUACCAAUCCUUCUCUCACGCAUAUUACCAAAAGUCACCGUCAUAAUGGAAGCUGCAUCGGGUGGAGAACCACCACCGCCAACACCGUCAGCACAACCUCAACCGGACUCAUCACCACCAACACCAACACCAACACCAAGCCGUUACGAGUCACAAAAGCGACGAGACUGGAACACGUUCCAACAGUAUCUUCCAAAUCACAAACCUCCAUUAACCCUAGCACGUUGCAGCGGAGCGCACGUGAUUGAGUUUUUGAAAUACCUCGAUCAAUUCGGGAAGACGAAGGUGCACGUGACUGGUUGUCCUUAUUUCGGACAACCUAACCCUCCUUCGCCGUGCGCUUGUCCGCUCAAGCAGGCCUGGGGAAGUCUCGACGCUCUCAUAGGACGUCUCAGAGCCGCUUUCGAGGAAAACGGCGGUAAACAAGAGAGUAAUCCGUUUGGGACUAAAGCGGUUAGGAUUUAUCUCAGAGAAGUUAGAGAAGGUCAAGCUAAAGCUAGAGGAAUUCCUUAUGAGAAGAAGAAACGUAAGAGAUCCACUGUUACCACCGCUGCUAUUGUAUCAACCGCAGCAGCGGUGGUAACCGGUGACGGUAACACCAACAGAAUUGAACUUGGUGUUACUCCUAACAAUUCUGUUAGUCUCAGUGCUGAGAUAGUAUAGUAUUUAAUUUUUCUUUUACUAAUUUUACAUUUUGAAUGGUAUUAGCUAGUAUUAUCUACCUUUAAUUGUAGGGGGAUUAAUCAUGAUUAUGGUUUUAUAAGUUAAUUUCAUAUCUAUGAUGAAUUUUUAGAUUGAACUUUAGUCCAUCAAA